UGACGUUAAUGUUAAUAUAUUGAUUUUAAAUUGAAAUAAUUUUGUUUACAGAUUUUAUAUUCAUUCCCACAUUGAAAGGUAGACAUCUGCUAAUGUUCAACCAGUAUACGUUUUCACAAAACCAUAAUAGCCCCACCUAUUAUUGUUCGAAGAAGUUAAGUGGAUGCCAAGCUAUUGUGAAGCUUACCAAGGAGAGGGAUGCCAUUAAAGAAGCCAUCACUAUACAUAAUCAUGAGCCCCCAAAAUAUAUGAAAACAGCCAGCGAUCUCCUAAUUACAGAUCCACGUGUAAAAUUCAUAGAAACAGUGCGAGGAGCGAGGUUGAUGAUGCUUAAUGGCUUCACAUUUUCGCAGAAGAAUCAUAAAAAACGUUGGUUCUAUUGUUCACGGAAAACGAAUAAGUGCAAGAGUCGAAUUAGAUUGAAUGAUGACGGGACCAUAAUGUGCGCUCCAGUUGGCCAUAACCAUCCUCCGCCAGUGUUCAAAGAAAUGAGUGAUGGACGGUUUUACAAGGUGAAGAAGUAAGAUGAAUAGUUUUACGAACUCAAGAAGCAAGAUUGGACACUUGAAGUAAGCGUCUACAGGCCCGCAUCGUACGCAUCGGACGCAACGCACGCAACGGAUUUUAGUUUGUCUUGUAUAGAAACUCAUACAACUGCGUCCACUGGUCUGCAUCGUACGGACCGCUCAUCGGCAAUGCCUACAUGCGACGCGAACCGAUGAUGUCAUACGGAAUACCGAUGCCAAAAAGCCGAGUGAAAAUGGGAUCGGCAAUCUGAUAACUAUUACUCGCGUCGGCAAUCCGAACGCUGCCGAUACAGUUGACGCAGUUUGCUAAAUUAAUCCGUUUGAUGCGAUCCGUCCGAUGCGGGCCUGUGAAUGCUUACCUUUGGGCAGCUUAAUUUUAGAUUGAAGAGGUAUUGACAGAUGGAUCUCUUGUCUGGAGUUUUUAAAGGAACUCAUCUAUUCUGGGAUUUAUUUGGGUUUUAUGAUUUGCCGUUUGUGGUUCUGUAAAUUAUGUUGUUUUUUUUUAAUAAUGAUCAAUUGAUGAAUUUUUGCUGUCAAUCAUAAAAUAGUGGUUUAAAUUUUUGGCUACUAGUAUCUUUUUUGUGAUGCUUUUGCGUAUGUUUCCUAUUUUUUUAUGUGAUUUUCCAUAACUAUUUCACUUCUUUCUUACUUAAUUUUUUUCGUAUUAUCUUUUGUUUUAGUAUUAAUGGUUUAACCUAUCUGUAGGUAUUCCCUUGUGAUUGAAGUGAAUGAAAAUAAAGACAUGUACCUAAUUUAUUUUUUUAUUAUUAGGAACAAAUACUUAGGCUUUUUUCUUUGAAGCGUUUGUUUAUAAGUAAAUUAUGACUAUUUAAUUACCUACAUGAAUAAAUGGGCUGUUGAAAUUAA